AAUGGUGUUGUACUCCCUUUGGAUGAUUAGGGUUUAUUACAAGCAUCCCAAUGUGCAUUGGACGGAUCAUAGCCCUCCUUGGUUCAUUUGCGUUUCUCUUGGAUUAGGUGUCUUUGUGUGCUUCGUAAGUUGCUCCGGCCAUGUCGCCGCAGAAACGUCUAAUGGCCAUUGCCUUUCAUGUUAUAUGUUUUUCAUCUUUUUGCUUAUCGCAAUGGAGGCUGCGAUAACAGCGGAUGUGUUUCUGAACAGAAACUGGGAGGAGGAUUUCCCAAAAGACCCAACUGGGAGAUUUGAGUCAUUCAAGAACUUCCUGAGGUCAAAUUUCGAGAUGUGCGAAUGGAUCGGCUUUGUGGUUGUCGCUGCGGAGGGAUUGUGUAUGUUCCUGUCCAUGAUUCUGAGAGCUCUUGGCCCAGAUCAUGGAAUUUACUGCGACCGCGAUGAAGAGAACAUGUACGCAACCGUUCCUCUUCUGGGAAACCAGGUUCAUCAGGCACCACCAUACUUCGCCGACCCUCUCCUACACAAGUGAUUGCUACAAUGUUAACUGGCAAUACGGCCGAGCCGCGCCCUUUCUAGAGGAAAAUCCUGUGUGUUUUCAGUUGUUGUAUUGUGAUCUUAAGAUGAUAGCAGCAACUACAUUAGCUAGUAAACAGUGUUGUGCAAGCCGUGAUUGCAAUACAUUAAGUGAUUUGCUCUUGACUAAUGUUGUGGAACUAGUAAACAAGCUAAGUGACUAAAUUAAUUUCUCAGUA